AGAGCUGACGGGACGGACCGGGUGGUGGCGGCGCAAGCUGGUGAAAAGAGGGCUGGGGUCCGAGGUUUUUAAAAAAUCCCUUUUGCUAAAGGAGCUUAUCUGCUGGUAUAGUUUCAGAAUGUCAAGUACUGUGUCCUACUGGGUCUUAAAUUCUGCAAGGAACAGCAUCGUCACAUUACAAGGUGGAAGACGUUUAUACUCAAGAUGUGUCUCAAAUAGGAAUAAAUCAAAAUGGAGGCUCUUUUCCCGGGUGCCGGCCACCCUGAAAAACAGUUCCGCUUGUGGUAGCUUUGCUCUGCAGAAAGCUUACAGACACGUGUCUACAGAAGAAGACGAUUUACACUUGCAGCUAAGUCCUGCACAGGUGAACGAAGUGCUGCGAGCCGGUGAGUCAGUCUACAAGAUUCUUGACCUUGACAGCAGAGUCCCAAAUUCAGUGUUGCGGUUUGAGAGCAACCAGCUGGCCGCUAACUCCCCAGUGGAGGACCGUCGCGGUGUAGCCUCCUGCCUGCAGACUAGUGGGUUAAUGUUUGGCAUCUUCGAUGGACAUGGUGGCCAUGCAUGUGCCCAGGCAGUGAGCGAGAGGCUCUUCUACUAUGUGGCAGUGUCACUGAUGUCCCACCAGACGCUGGAGCGGAUGGAGGGAGCGAUGGAAAGCAUGAAGCCCCUGUUGCCCAUCCUGCAGUGGCACAAGCAUCCAGGGGAUAGUAUCUACAAGGAUGUCACGUCAGUGCAUCUCAACCACCUCCGCGUCUACUGGCAGGAACUGCUUGACCUGCACAUGGAAAUGGGACUGAGCAUCGAGGAAGCAUUAGCGUACUCCUUCCAGAGACUGGAUUCUGACAUCUCCCUGGAAAUCCAGGCCCCCCUGGAAGAUGAGAUGACGAGGAACCUUUCACUCCAGGUUGCUUUCUCCGGGGCAACAGCUUGCAUGGCCCAUGUCGAUGGAGUUCACUUGCACGUGGCGAAUGCUGGUGACUGCCGGGCCAUCCUUGGUGUUCAGGAAGACAGUGGCAUGUGGUCUUGUCUGCCCCUCACCCGUGACCACAACGCCUGGAACCCGGCUGAGCUGUCACGGCUAAAGAGGGAGCACCCCAAGUCGGAGGACAGGACGAUCAUCAUGGAUGACAGGCUGCUGGGUGUCCUUAUGCCUUGCAGGGCCUUUGGGGAUGUCCAGCUCAAGUGGAGUAAAGAGCUGCAGCGUGGCGUCCUGGAGCGGGGCUUCAAUACUGAGGCCCUCAACAUUUACCAGUUCACUCCCCCACACUACUACACUCCACCCUACCUGACUGCUGAGCCCGAGGUCACAUACCACAGGCUGAGGCCCCAGGAUAAGUUCCUCGUGCUGGCCUCUGAUGGCCUGUGGGAUGUGCUCGACAAUGAAGCUGUGGUGAGACUGGUGGUGGAGUACCUGGCUGAGGCAGGUCGGCACAAGCCCGACUUGGCCCAGAGACCCGCCAACCUGGGCCUCAUGCAGAGCCUGCUGCUACAGAGGAAAGCCAAGGGGCUCCACGCUGCUGACCAAAAUGCAGCCACACAUCUGAUCAGACAUGCCAUUGGGAGCAACGAAUAUGGGGAAAUGGAGCAGGAGCGGCUGACAGCGAUGCUGACAUUGCCGGAGGACUUGGCAAGAAUGUACAGGGAUGAUAUCACUGUCACUGUGGUGUAUUUUAACUCAGACUCAAUUGAUGCAUAUUACAAGGGGGGUUAAGAGUCUCCCAUCCUACUGCCAAGGUUAACUUAAAUGCUUUUCUAAAACAUUUUCACUUUUCUUAAACUGGCUAUUCACACCUUUUGUUAAAAGGGCAGGCAGAUGUAGCUUGCAAAAUAAUAGGCUAACAUGAGGAAAACACCUGAACCUAGAUUUAAAAACAGUAGCAGAGAUUUCAUGUCCCUGCUGUUUUGGUCAACUCUGUGCAACCAGGGCAGAACAUAGAGACCAUAGGAUUGGCCUGGGGUCAUGAAACCCAAGUCCUUUUAUAAUGACACUUUGUUAGUGUUCACCUGAGUAAAUUUAAUCAUGAUUCUGAGAAUAGAGAGCAUCAGGAUCUUCUGAGGUCUUGCUGUAAAACCUGCCAACUCGAUAGUUCUGAACUCACGAGCAUGGACUUCUGGACUUUAAAGGGAGGUUUUAUUGUUUGUUUUUUAAUUACUAAGGCCUAGGUUCACAAAUCAUGCUACAGGACACUUUUCUAUGCAAUAUUCUGGGUUUUUUUUGUGAUUACACUUGUAAAAACGUUCUGUAAUAUUGCAUUCUAGUUCUGUUUUAGUUUAUUUUAAAAUUAAAUCCUAAAACUUGCAGACUGGCCUGUUGCCUGCUGUAAGCAUGCUUGGAACGACUUGUCUUGGCUCUUAGCUGAGGGUGAAAGGGUCUGGGGCUCUGGACCAGCUGAAUUUACUUGUGCAGCUUUUGUCUCCUUGGCUGUCACACUCCCUGAGCCUUUGAUCCCUAUGAGGAGGUAACACGUCUAAGCCUUAAUUCCUGGCGUUUCCUGCAUUAAUAAAAUUUCCUCUUGGGCUUAGCCUCUGAGGGGUUAUUCUUAGCACUUAACCUUUCUGAUUAUGCCUCUCAAAAGUUGUUCUGUUAAUUCCACCUAACACAGUCCUUCUACCUCUAGUUAACACUGAUCCCCUCACCCUGCUGCUGCUGACGGCACAAGACUGUCUUGAAAGAAACUUUCACAGGUUCCCUUUUCAAAUGGUUACUGGGAAUGAGAAAAUGUGAUCUCAGUGGUAGUUAUGACAGACAUGUAGGCAGGACAGGCUUAUCCAGUAGAUUAUGGACUUAAGCUUCAGCAUGAAUUUGUAGAGGUGAAAACUUGAAAGAUGAGGAGAACAGUCACUAACUGAGGCUCUCUGUCUGCAUCCGGGAAGGAGGGAGGAGGGAGAUUUCCCAGAGGGAACGCAUCCCCCUAGGCUGUGGGAUAAAUCGCCAUUGCUAGUCUCUGGAACUAGACCAGAUUUAGUAUAGUAAUUGGGGCCAAAAAUAAAACACAACCUGUAGUGGUUUCUGUAGGCUGUACAGUCAUUGUAUUUACUUGAAAAUUAAGCCAUUUGGGUACUUUCUGGCGGGGAAUGAAUUUCAUCUUCUCAGGAGAUCCUGUGGCGUUUAAACAACAGAAAAUAUAUCCCUAAAUGGAAGCACAAACAUAAUCCUACAAAACUGAUAGUUUUAUUUUCCUGCACAAAAUUGGGCAGAAUUCUCCAAUGUAGUUGAACUGUAUUAGUCGGUCCUCAGUUCACUCCUUCGUGCCAUCUACUGAAAAGAAAAGCAGAUAAUUAGGUUUGGCUUCCUCAUUUUUGUCUCUGUCCCAGCUGACAUUCUCCUAAGUGUUGGGAUACUUCUAGCUUGGGGACGUUUCCCUGUGUGUUUUCCAGUGCAACUGUUCAAUGAUGUGGCUUCAUCUAAGAAUUCUCUUUUUGAGUGCUUAAGCCUUGGUUCUUUUAUUCAGAAGUCAUUAGUAUUCCUUCUGAUCUCCUUGAUCUUAACUCAGAAAUAAAAUGUGAAUCAUUACCAUUCUGCUAGCAUGAAGGUUUAUUGCUAGAACUGAGGACUCCACUUGUCUUACAUUCUUUGUUCUUUAUGCCAGCUAAACCCUGGAGUAUCUUGGAGCCUUUACUGGGAUUACAGUGUCUGAAUCCUAUUUAGGAGCCUAACAUAGGUCAUAAAUAUAUCUAAUUCAGUAGCUUGUGGGACAGCUGAGAGAAUCCAGACAGUCCACCUGUUUCUCCAAGUGUGUCUGUUUUUUCUCUGCCUGAUAGAUUUCCCUGUAUUCUAGUGGAUAAAUUGAGAAAGAAAAAAGGCUAGUUUAUUGUCUGCCUUUUCCCACUGUGAACUCUGUCAGCUCUUCCCAGGAACGCUCCGGGGAGUGCCUCCUGGUUAAACCAUGGUUCUGCUGUCCCUGCUCUUCCUGAGGCACGUGGGCUACUGCUUGAGGACACGGGUUUGAGAGGGGGAUAGUAGCAUUUGUCAGAUCCUCCAAAGCAUUUGUCAUUCCUUUUAUGUAGAGAUAUUAAUAUUUAGACUUUUAAAGUAAACUAAAAUAAGAUUGAAAGUUUUUUAUAUUUUAGAUACAACUUUUGAAGAAAAUAUGCUUUGGUGGUUCAGAUUUAUCAUUUUUAUCAUUUUAAGCAAGAAACUUUGGUAAUAUUGGGAUAAUUUAGAUGUUUUAUAUAUAAAUAAUAACUACUGAUUCUGGGGAUUGGUCAUGAUGGAUAGAGACGAUGUAAUUCUAAAUUCAAAUUAAUAUGCUAGAUCAAGUUACUUUGAGUCAUCUUUCUGAGACGUUGUUUGUAACAUUAAAGCUAAUUUAUUAUAAUGAAAAUGUAAACUUUGAGGUAUUUUAAUAUAUGAACAUGUUUUUCCCAGAAGUACAAUUGGCCUAAAAGAUCUUCUGUUGGACACAUUGGGUAAAGUUCUGUUUAGGCACAAUUGAGUUGGUACCUUUUAUUCAUAAAGUAUCAGUAGCUCAAGUGAGUUAAAGAUCAGGAUAAUUAAUUGUAUGGAACAGAAAAAUGUGUUCAGAAUGCAUCUGGCUUGACUCUUCUGUCUGUCAUUCCCUGAUGACUUGUCUUUCUCUGACAGCUUUUGGGAAGCCUGAACUUCCCAGGUUAAACCAGAGUGGCCUGGACUGAGCUGUCCUACUUUCAUCUGGAAGUGGUUCAUUUGUCUCUAAAUGUGACUCUUUCCCAUGGCAGAAAAAGUUCUGAUGUAGCCUUGGAUCUGGGGUGUAAAGGCUGGUGGUACCACUCAUGAUGCGAGCUGCCAUGUGUAUCACUUGAGUGAAAAACACGUAUUGAAGGGGCUGAGGCUCAGUCCUUUACACCUCAGGCACUUACUAUUUAACUUGCCUCCUGGAAAAUAUUUCUUACCAAGCAUCUACUUGGAAAAGUUAUUAACCAUGUUCUUUAAUAAUUACUGACAUUGUAUUUUAAGCUGUAUACCAAUGUCUGUAUUUGACACUGAUUUUCUAACCAUCAGAGAUAUUUAAAUGAAACUUGUAAAUAAAAG